UUGCGAUGAUUGGAGUAAUGAAUUUGAAAGAAGCAAGCUUUCAGUCUAUUGUUAUUCUACCACUUCCAUUUUUAACGAUCUUAUUCAAGGUGAUUUGUCAUCGUAAAUUUGACCAAAAAAUUCAUUAUUAUACUCCCAGAGAAGCAUUCUUAGAAAGUUGUAAAACGAAUGAAAGUAAAGACCUCGAUCAUUUGCGUGAAAAAGUUUCCACAAGAUUUGGUCAUCCAUCAUUAACAGCAGAAAUAAUUACACCAAUGGUUCAUUCAAAUGCUAAAGAUGCAUUAAGUAAGGUCUAUCGUGGACGCGUGAAUGAAACAAAAGAGAAUCAAAGAGGAACUGUAAAAUCAAUGUCAAUGUUUAUAGACGGAAACAAUGCAUUAAAGAUUCAAACAGUGGAAGAAAGUGAAUUAGAAGUUGAUGAAGAUGCAUAUCUUGACGAGCAGAAUCCAGGAUAUUACAUAAAUUAUGAUGAACCACAAUUCGAUUCAUUACCUCAAAAUCAACAACCAUCAGCUUCAACAGGUUAUGAUACUUCAUCUUCAACAGGUUAUGAAGGUUAUGAAGGUUAUGAUGCAUACAAUUCAUCUUCAACAGGUUAUGAUGCAUACCAUUCAUCUUCAACAGGUUAUGAUGCAUACCAUUCAUCUUCAACAGGUUAUGAUACAUACUAUUCACCUCCACCAUACGCCAAA